GGCUGUCCGGCUGACAAACUGCAAGGCAAUCCCAUCCUGCUGCCAGUGCUCUGAGAUGCCUUUUUGUGCAGCCGUGCCCGCCCGGCCACUCCUGCUUCAGAGCCCCAUGAGGUGGCAGGGACACGACGAGGCUUCAGCCUGAAGCUUUGUCGAGCAGGCAGUGCCAUAAACACACGCAGCGCUCUGCGCUGUGCCCGGUGCAUACAGUCUGCCCACGUAACGGCGAGAAAAGUGACUUGAUUACCCUGAAAAAGCUUUAAACAUCAAGGAAGAUGAAAGGAGAUGAGAGGAAUUCAGGACAGACCUUGACAGAGCUGAGAAAGAGAGUUUAGCGGACAAAAUUUACAAAGCGGUUUUAUCGUAAGCUCUGACAGCUCCUGCAGCAACCGCACUGCUCUGCACACCUGACCACAUGAAAACGGUGCUAAUUUGUGCCCAGGCCGUAGCUGCAGGCUGUGACGGGACGGGCUGUGAUUCCCGGUCCUGACCGACGGAGGCUGGUCGGCAGCAGGGAGCAGACACUGCUGAUUUAGGAAAAAAAUGAAGCGAACAGAGAACUUCAGGAAGAUGACUUUGGAUUACUCUUGAGGUGACAUUUCUUUUGACGUCCUUAUUCACAGCGUUCAGAGGUUAGAAGUCAGCUCUGAAAUGUGGUGGUUCCAGCAAGGACUCUCGUUCUUGCCUGCGUCUUUGGUUGUUUGGUCAGCUGCAUCUUUUGUGUUUUCAUACAUCACCGCCAUCGUCCUACACCACGUUGACCCUCUGGUGCCCUACAUCAGUGAUACAGGGACAAUACCUCCAGAAAGAUGCUUGUUUGGGAUCAUGUUAAAUAUUUCGGCUUUCUUGGGUGUGGCUACCAUGUAUGUCCGUUAUAAGCAAGUUUAUGCUUUGAAUCCAGAAAAAUCCAAGAUCAUCAAGCUUAAUAAGAUCGGCCUGACACUAGGACUGAUGAGCUGUUUUGGACUUUGUAUUAUUGCAAAUUUCCAGAAAUGUAUUCUGUACUACGUACACGUGGUUGGAGCCUGCCUGACGUUUGGAGUUGGAGCCAUUUACAUGCUGGUUCAGACCAUCCUAUCCUACCUGAUGCAGCCAGAAAUUCACAGCAAAGACAUCUUUUGGAUCCGGCUCACCGUGUUACUCUGGUGCAGCUCAAGCAUUGCAAGCAUGUUUGUUUCCUCACUUGUCUUGUAUAGCGGCCUGUACGGAACAAAUCUAGUGCAAAAGUUGCACUGGGACCCAGAGGAAAAAGGCUACACAGCUCACAUCCUCAGUACCGUCUCAGAGUGGUCACUAGCAUUCUCCUUCCUCAGCUUUUUCCUCACCUACAUUCGUGACUUUCAGAAAAUUUCCCUGCGUGCAGUUGUUAGCUUGCAUGGACGAACCCUCUAUAACACACCACAGAGCUUUGUGGCUGAUGAACAGACACUGCUGAUAGCAGGGAGCAUCUAAUGAAGGUGAAGAGAACAUGUUCUCAGCAUAACUCAGGAAUUUAGUAGCAAUAACAGUUCGCACUUAUUUUAUAUAAAAAAAAAAAUUAUGAAGUGAUUGUAUUCUACUUGACAUGAAGGGCUUUGCUAUUAACCCACACAGCAAUGCAAAUGUUAUCAGUAUUGUAAACAAGCCUGUAACAUUUCUACACAUGCCAAUGUCAUGAAAGAAUUAAAUGAAGGUUAUUAAAAGA